AUGGUGCUUCACAUCUACCACGCCGCCGUGGGGGAGAAGGAGUUUCAGUUUUCCACCAACAUCAACAAGCUCACGCAGGAGACGUACGAGCUCGACGUGAACGAAGCCAUCGAGGAGGUCAGCUCCACCAUUCUCGAGCAGCUGACGGGCGAGGAUGCGCUCUGCUGCGAGUGCAAGGCAGCACCUGCGACACGACUGAUUCACCACACGAUGCUCUUUGCCGAGACCUUUCCUCCACGUGUGGAGGACCUGCCGCAGCCGGUGUGCAACUCUGCCAACUGCGAGGCAGUGGCCAAGUCGCGGUACUUGAUGGACAUGGAGGAUGCCACCACAGCACAGGGGAUGCCGAGUCCCAACGGGUGCUUUCAUUGUCACAAGGGGGCGCGGGGCGCAGCCACAGUACCGCUUCAGCGCUGCAGUCGGUGCAAGGUGGCCAAGUAUUGCAGUGUCGAGUGCCAGAAGGCAGACUGGAAGGUGCACAAGCAGGUGUGUGCCCCCGGGUAG